GCCUGCGCUGUUGCCGGGAGGCCAGCCAUUCUCGAACGAAUCACCCAGUGGGAAGGUGUGGUCAAUACCCUGAAGGGAGCCAUCGCGGUGGCGACCCGGGACGACCCCCAAGUGCUUCUACGAGAGAUGGAGGGCUGCCGGCUCCCCUUGGCGAACAUUGUCGAGCCCAUGCUUGGCGGUGGGAACUCAGAGGGAGCGUACGACACCUUGGCUGAAGUGUUCAAAAACACCCCUGACGGCUAUUUGGCAAUGUGCCCAUACCCGCCGGGAGGCGAGGUCGACCUGCUGAUUGUAUCGGAUUCGUCACUGGCUUUGGUGCCAGACCCAAAUGCAGGUAAGGCCUCGUGUUUCUCAGGUGGCGAUCUUCUCAAACCCUGGGGGGACAUCCGUGGCAUCUAUACCAAAAUGCUGUGGGGCAAGGGAUUGAAUCACAUGGUCCAGUACAUCCCCGAGGCCAUCGAUGACAUUGAGUCCACAAAUCGUGCCCAUGGCCGCCCGGUCUUGCCGGUGUUGGUCAUCGUUACGGCCAACUGGUGCGAGCGGCAAAAGGCCAGAGUUGAGCGGUCCGUGAAUGACUUGGGCCAGCUCAAGAGAGAGGAGCCCCGUAUCCUGGACAUCGUGGUUGUGGGCAAUGCCGACGCGGACAUCUUUGCGCUCCCGUCGGCCUACAACGAGACCAUGCGAGUCCAUAUCAGAGCACUGCGUGAGGACCACAACAUCCAAACCCUUGACACCACCAUCAUGCUUGCUCGUACGGUGAGAUAUGACAAGGUCCAUUUGGAAGAUGACACCCUCAACCGGAAGUAUAUCACCAACUUCCUUCAAGCCGCCGCGUACCAUCUGGAGAUCGAUUCGAAUGUCUCAUCACCACAAGACCUACCUCCUCGACCAGAUCCAGAGAAGGUCAUGCUUGAUGCAGACAUCGAGAUUUUCAACUGGGUGCUCCAAGCUGAGGAGAACGCCACUGCCACUGCCAACCGGGAGGUUGAGUCAUGGAUGAGAGACAUUCCUGAAGAGGACCAGGCGUUGGAACCUAUGCAUCAGGACAACGCUGAUUCCGACGAUGAAGCUGUCAAAGUCCAGGCUCUCACCAUGGAAGACCGGAUUCAGGCAAGGCGACAAGGCCUCUCCGAGGAGCAUGACCAAGAGUGGCAAGAUGCUACCUACUCGGCCGAGGAUGAGAAAGAGGAGUUCAAGGGUUGGGACCUCAUUGAAGAUGACAAACGCCCGCCGGGAGUCGUGGCCAGUGAUCCAAUUCACGAAGAAGAACAGGAUCUUGACCUCGAUGAUCUCGAAACAGUGGCUUCGCUGGAGGUUGUCGAAGAGGAAGAGUUCCACGACGUCGAGGAGGGCCAGGUCGAGGCAAUUGAUGACGAUGACGAUGAUGACAUGGCCGUGAUCAACAAGGUCUCUUCUAUGCAGGCCGACAAGUCUGAUGCACGGGGGGACCCGGAUCCCAUGGAUGUGGAUGAACAGGGCAACAAGAUGGUCCAGAGCACAUCAUCGGUCAAGACGUGGAGAACUGACACCUCAGCUGCGACGGCGGGAGCCUCGUCUUCUGAUCCGUCCACCAAGCUCAAGCCAAAGUCCAAGCCGAAGGUCAAGGCCAUGCCCAAAAGAUUGAAGGUUGUCGAUGAAGGGCAUGGUCCGAGCGCGGAACAGUUCGACACGUCAAAGUUUGCCUCAGCGCAGGAUCUGGUAUGGAUUGAGCCAGACAACAUGGCAGGUGUUCCCGUGCGGAAGGUGGACUACGGGAGGCUUUCCCCAGAGAUUCGGAGGACAGAUUUGUCUAUGGACUUCAAGGCAUUGGUGAGGCAUCUCCAAGGAGAUUUUGCGCAUCUUCGAGAAGAAGAAGUCCUGAUGAUUGUGCGCAAUUCGCUGAUGCGCCGUUUCCGAGUCCAGGUGAAUGGCAUGUCGUCCGGGAAGCUCAAGUGGACGCCAGUGAGGAUCAGGGCCAUUCAGGGCCAUCGAGCCUUUCUCGUGGAGGAAGGGGGGAUGUCAUCCAUGAUCAAAACGAUGUUCACAUUUGAUGAGAACUUCGACGAGACCAAGGUCGACGAUCCUACGGUUCACCCCGCUUUCUCGGCGAUGCCGGAAGGCUCGCCUGUGUGGCACAAGUUCCCCAGGGUGGUGUAUCACACCUGUGACCAAGCUGCCUUCAACUCCAUCAUCAAGUACGGCCUCAUCCCUGGCGGCUUCCCAUACAAAACCGGCAGAACCCACAACUUUUUCAACCCCACUCCGCCCUGGAAAGCGGAAAUGAAAAAGUUGCAAGGCACGCGGGCCGGGAGGCCAAUCGCCAUCGCGUUCGAUAUGGAGCUCAUGAUGCAAAUGGGCUACAAACUCUUCGCGACUGAUGAGGCCAUCCUCUCGCCAGAUUGGAUCUCGAACCUCCCGAUGAUCAACGCCUACGACAUGAGAUCCGGGGAAUUCUUCUACAUCAACCGUGCCUACGUCAACCACAGGAAAGCCUACCAAGAGGUCCUGAAGCAGGCGAAGGCCGAGUUUGAUCCGGAUGAUGUCCUCAUCAGCCGAAUGGACAUGCUGAUGGAGAAUGCCCAGUUGAACUUCGAGGGGAUCAAGGAGCGCAUUGAGUUCGGCAAGCUGCUCCCCUUUUCCAGGCGAGAAGACAUCGAGGUGGAGAAAAGCACCGCCACCCGGGAGGGUGAGCCGGCAUCAGGAUCACAGCUGGUGCCAGGUUACACCAUUGCAAAGAUGGCUGCCAUGACGAGCACUGAUGCGUGCGGAUUUCAACGUCGUGGACGAAACGGGCCCGGUGGUGGAAACUGGAAUCGAGGCACAGGAAGGCAUGGAUUUGAGUUGCAAUUCAAGGACAUCUCCUACAACCAGAUCCAGGACUCUCCUCAGGUCCGUUGCCGACAUCCGAUUUGCGGGUUUCUGAUGGUGGAUGGGCAUUUGAAAUGCCCACAGUGUUUCAGGCAAAUGGAACCUGUCACUGAUGCAAACAUUGCCACCGAAGUUGCCUGCCGGGAGGCGAUGGCCCGAACUCGAGGAGUGCCCUUUUCCAUGGACAAGGUGAUCUUCAACCACCCGAGGAGAGGAAGAGUGGCCAGACAGCCGGAGAAGGGGGCUUCAUCUUCAUCGACCGCCGUCCGAACCAGAAGUACCUAUGGGAACUUGCGAGACAUGGCACGCAACUAUGUGCGAUCUUUCAAGAAGCGCGGCUUCAAAGACCUGGUCGACAGGCUUGUCCGUGACCCAUUCUUCCAGUUCAACGCGGCGAACCAGAAUUUGGUCCCGGCACAGGUUCUUGGAGAAAAGCUGGAGGUGGCCACCAAGUUGAUCUUCGUGCCAUCGUCGGAGCGGGAGCCCGACCAACCCUUGGAUCUUCACACCGAGGUGUUUGUGUCACAUCGGGGCGUCUUUCUCGACAUUGGCCAGUUCGCAGUCUAUGUGGCGAAGUUCAUCAAGCCGAAGCAACGACCUCUACCCAUUGUUUAUGGCUGGGGCAACCGUGACUUCGUGCCAGAUGCUUCUGAUGCCAAAGGGAUUGCGAAGGAAUUGGUGGAGUUCAGCAAGCUGCAGUGGUCGAACUUCACUUCCCAGCAGACACACAAAGAGUCGGAAACUACAGGCGACGACCGGGAGGUCAGUCUACCCCAUGCGACUGGGCCCAUUAGUCGACCUGAACAUCAACGACCUCAUCACGAACAGUUCGAGCCAAACCUUGGGAAGCCGGCUCGGGGUGGACCUUAUGGACAAGGCCAGGGUGGAAAAGGUCACUACAAAGGCGGAGGACAGACAAAGGGGAAGGGACAGCAGAAGGGAAAGGGCAAGCAAGGCAGAAGCCCACCGGGAGGUGUGGCCUAUGGUGACUUUGAAGGAGAUUCCUACUGGGUUCAGGGCUAUCGCUAUACGUGGUACUGGAACCAACAGCGUGGAUGGUACUGGCGCUGGACCUGA